AUGGCCACUACCAUCUCAAAACCCUCGUCAAAGCUCUCCAAAUCCCCUUCCCAAUCCUCCACUUCCAAGUCCUCCUCUUCUUCGCUUUCUUCUCAUUUGGCCAUGGUGGAGCUCAAGUCUCGGAUCCUCUCCGCCCUUUCCAAACUCUCCGACCGCGAUACCCACCAGAUCGCCGUCGACGACCUCGAGAAGAUCAUCCACACCCUCCCCCCCGACGGCGUCCCCAUGCUCCUCAACGCCCUCCUCCACGACCCUUCCCCUCCUCCCGAUCCCAACUCCCGGCAGACUCCCAACGUCGCCCGCCGCGAGUCACUCCGCCUCCUCGCCCUCCUCUGCUCCUCCCACCCCGACGCCGCUGCCGCCCACCUCCCCAAGAUCAUCGCCCACCUUGUCCGCCGUCUCAAGGACCCCGCCUCCGAUUCCUCCGUCCGCGACGCCUGCCGCGACGCCGCCGGCUCCCUCGCCUCCAUAUACCUCCGCUCCUCCGCCGCCGCCAACCCUGAGGACACCUCCGCCGCUGCCGGUGGCGGUGGGUCCUCCUCCCCAGUUGUUUCCCUCUUUGUGAAGCCCUUGUUCGAGGCAAUGGGGGAGCAGAACAAGGCGGUGCAGGCCGGGGCAGCAAUGUGCCUCGCUAAGGUGAUGGAGUGUGCCGGGGGUGGUGGGGAUGGGGAUGGAGGACGGCCGGCGAUGGCUGGAGCGGCGUUUCAGAGGCUGUGCCCCAGGAUCUGCAAGCUGCUUGGCGGGCAGAGCUUUUUGGCCAAGGGGGCGCUUCUGUCGGUCGUUUCCAGCUUGGCUCAGGUAGGAGCAAUUAGUCCCCAGAAUAUGCAACAAGUGCUGCAAAGUGUUCGUGAAUGCCUUGAGAAUAACGACUGGGCUACCCGUAAGGCAGCAGCUGAUACAUUGAGUGUGUUGGCAUCUUCUUCAAUGCAUUUGAUCGCUGAUGGGGCUUCUCCAACAAUAGUGGCUCUUGAGGCUUGCCGUUUUGAUAAGGUGAAACCUGUUAGAGAUAGCAUGAUGGAGGCAUUGCUGUCAUGGAAGAAGAUUGCGGGAAAGGGAGACGAUGGAAAUUCAGAGGACUUCAAGGAUGGUAAAAAUUGUGAAUCAGCUGAUACUGAAGAAAAGUCAGAGAAUAAAAGGUCAAGUUCCAGUGGCAGAAGACCAGAAUCCAUAAAAGAUUCAUCUGCUGGUUCUUCACCUACUGAUCAUGAUUCUGUGUCCAAAGGAAAAGGUACUAGCAUACCAGAGAGAGCAGCAGUUUUAUUAAAGAAAAGAGCACCUACUUUAACAGACAAAGAGUUGAAUCCAGAAUUUUUCCAAAAACUUGAAACAAGAAGUUCAGAUGACUUGCCUGUAGAAGUUGUGGUACCUCGCAGGUGUCAUCAGUCUUCCCACUCACAAGGUGAAGAAGAACCAGAAUUGUCUGAUAGUGAUCCUCGGGGCAAUUCAAAUAAUGAUGGCUUGGCAUGUCGUGAGUCGAAUGACACUCAUGGACGUGUCAAUCCUAAUUAUCAGAAUGCCGAGAAAAGAUCAGGGGCAUACGAUCGACCACAACACUCUGAUGAUUUUGCUCGGGAUAGGUGGACAGAACAAAGAGGAUUUAGGGCUAAAGACUCAAAAGCAAGGGCUUUUGAUGUUGAUGAUAGGAUUGAAGUCAGUCAGAAGGAUCCCUCUGUCCGAGUGAAUAUUGCCAGAGGUGAUGGCCAAGCUGAAGGAUCCUUCAUGAACAACAAAGGGAAUUGGUUGGCCAUUCAGAGGCAAUUAUCACAAUUGGAGAGGCAACAAACCAAUCUCAUGAACAUGUUGCAGGAUUUUAUGGGAGGUUCCCAUGACAGCAUGGUAACACUAGAAAACAGAGUUCGGGGUCUUGAGAGGGUUGUUGAGGAGAUGGCACGAGAUUUGGCAAUAUCAUCAGGAAGGAGAGGUGGUAACAUGAUGCUGGGUUUUGAGGCAUCUCCUGGUAGGUCCUCAAGCAAAUACAAUGGUCUUCACGACUAUUCAAGCUCAAAGUUUGGCAGGGGUGGUGAUGGACGGAUUCCUUUUGCAGAAAGAUAUCUCUCAUCAGAUAGUAUAAUUUCUGGAUUUAGGGGAAGAGAUCCCCCUUGGAGAUCAGAUUCUGAAGCACGGGAUCCUUAUGCAUAUACUGCUCAAAGAAAUGGAGUCAUGAACUCUAGGAGAGGUCCUGGUGCUGUUUCUGUUGAUGGUAGGGUACCUAGAACUGAACAGGAUGGCGAUCAGGUUGGUGCCAGGCGAGCUUGGGAUAAGGGGCAAGGACCAUUUAGGCUUGGUGAGGGUCCUUCUGCAAGAAGUGUUUGGCAAGCAUCCAAGGAUGAGGCUACUUUGGAAGCUAUCCGAGUGGCUGGUGAAGAUAAUGGGACCUCUCGAAUUGCAACACGAACAGCUAUCCCGGAGCUGGAUGCUGAAGCUUUGACAGAUGAUAACCCAGGGCAGGAAAGGGGUCCACUUUGGGCUUCAUGGACCCAUGCUAUGGAUUCGCUUCAUGUUGGUGACAUGGAUUCAGCAUAUGCUGAGGUUCUGUCUAUAGGUGAUGAUCUAUUACUCAUAAAGUUGAUGGAUAAAUCUGGUCCAGUUGUCGAUCAACUUUCCAAUGAAAUAGCAAGUGAAGUCUUGCAUGCGGUUGGGCAGUUUCUUAUGGAGCAAAGCUUGUUUGAUAUAGCUCUGACCUGGCUUCAACAGUUGACUGAUCUGGUCAUAGAAAAUGGAGCAGACGUCCUCAGCAUCCCUAUCGAAGGGAAGAGAGAGAUCUUGUUGAGCCUUCAUGAAGCUUCUGCGAUGGAACCACCGGAAGAUUGGGAAGGGGCGACACCUGUCCAGAUAAUGAUGCAGUUAGCUUCGUGUUGGGGAAUCAAUUUACAACAGCUUAUUAAGUAGUGUCUUGGAUAAUCUCUAUUGGGCGUGUACUUGGUUUUCUUAUAAUUAUUUGUUUGUCUUGCUUCUUAAGAAGCAUUUAACAUAAUAUGUAAUGAAAUAUAGGAAGAUGGAAGAGCAUGCACUAGGCCACAAAAAUCACUAUGGUUUCUUUUGUUUCAUUAUUGCUGGUUUCUUUUUCUUACUAUAAAAACAGUCAUUGCAUGUAUGUAUCGGUUUGAUGAAUGUUUCAACCAGGUGAAUACAUUGAGGC